UUCUUAGGUCGUUUAUCUGCUUCAAUCCAUUAUCCAAUUAUUCAAACCAGUUCCAUUCCAACAAGGUCCAUUCAUACCAGUGGAAUUAAAUGUGAGUCAUUCCUCAUUGAUCUGGUAAUUACACUACCGUGUUUAGUCAGUGACAUUAUUGUUGUGGAAGGUCCUGCCUUUGCGGAAUCUAUUUCGGAAGGAGACAUACGUUGGAUUAAACAAAAGGGAGAUUUUGUCAACGAAGAUGAGCUAGUUGCCGAAAUUGAAACUGAUAAGACGUCUGUGGAAGUGCCAGCGCCACAAGCAGGAACUAUUGUUGAACUUCUUGUUGAAGACGGAGGGAAGGUUACAGCUAAGCAAAAGCUCUACAAGCUCCAACCUGGAACAGCUGGGGCGGGUGCCCCUGCAAGCACUUCUCCCAAGGAGACCUCAAAAGUUGGAACAUCAAAGGAAGCAGUGAAGUCAAGAGAAAUUCCAAAAACUGUUCCACCCGUUCCACGUUCACCGUCUGCACCAAUGUCUUCUAUAUCAGUAGCUAAUAUUCCGGUUCAGCGUGUUACAGUACCUGCUGGUGUUGCUCCUGAACUGGCUAUAACUGGUGCAAGGGAAGAGAUUCGUGUAAAAAUGAAUCGAAUGAGACAGCGUAUUGCUACACGUCUUAAAGAUGCUCAAAACACAUAUGCAAUGCUCACCACAUUUAAUGAAAUCGACAUGAGUAAUGUAAUCGAAAUGCGCACGAAAUAUCAGAACGAUUUCAUGAAGAAGCAUGGUGUCAAACUUGGUCUUAUGUCACCAUUCGUUCGAGCGGCCGCAUACGCCCUUACCGAAAACCCUAUUGUCAACGCAGUAAUCGAUGAAAAUGAGAUCGUUUACCGUCACUUCGUCGAUGUGUCAAUCGCGGUCGCUACUCCGAAAGGUCUUGUGGUUCCUGUACUGCGCAACGUUGAAGCGAUGAAUUUCGCACAGAUUGAGAAGGAGUUGGCAUCUCUUGGAGAAAGGGCUCGUGAUAAUAAGCUGGCUGUAGAGGACAUGGAAGGUGGAACGUUCACAAUUUCAAAUGGUGGCGUAUUCGGUUCAGUUUUUGGCACACCAAUUAUAAACCCGCCUCAAAGCGCAAUAUUGGGGAUGCAUGGAAUAUUCGAUAGGCCUGUUGCAAUAGACGGAAAGGUUGAAAUCCGUCCAAUAAUGCAAGUGGCUUUGACCUACGAUCAUCGUCUCAUCGAUGGUAGGGAAGCAGUGACGUUCUUGCGCAAGAUCAAGAGCUCAGUUGAAGACCCGCGAACGAUCUUGAUGAAUAUCUAG